AUGGCUAAACUUGCCAUAGAUUCUGAACGAUCAAAACUGUCGUUGCACGAUAUGCCACCAGUUGGUCGCAGUGAACGACGAGCUUUUGAAAGGAUUUGGAACACGCACGAAUUUUCGCACGCUCAUCGACAUGCAGCCGCCAUAGAACAUUUUUUGGAGCAAUCUUCCCUUUACUCUCUGACUGAGUGCUGCGCGUCUGCUGCCAGCGGAUCGCCUCGUAAACUUCUACUUCACCACUUCGAGACUUCUUUGUUGGUAUUCAAAGCAUGA